CAACUCCUCCCAAUAAGUUUGACUUCAUGAAACUUAUGAUGGACGCCGACAAGGCAAAGUACCAAAUAGAACAUGACGAGAGGAACUCAAAAGAAGAAUCCGCUCAGUUUUUGAAGAAGUUCUGCUUUGAAAAGAAUCCCGAGGGUGAUGAGGAUUUUGAUAGUACCCAUUACCGACGACACUGCAACAAGUACUGCACGGCUGUGUUCGGCUACGCACUCCAGGCACCGGAAGGCUACUUUUCCCUCAACAUCCUGGACGUCUUUGCGUGUGGAACGCUCAUCCCUGUCACCGAAGGCGAGGUCAUCGUCAAUUUUCAAGACGCAUCCGGAAACGUCGAGCCAGGCCACGUGGAAGUUACGUGCGAUUGUAGAACGAAUGACGAUUUCUCGGCUCUAAUGAAGGAGUACGAAAUCGAUCUCUCGGAGUUCGAACGGCUCAAGAAGGACGAUUCGGUCGAGGCGGUUUGGUCCUUGAAGAAAAAGCUCGAGUAUACAAAUAUCGAGCUUUUGACCGAUAUGGACACCAGAGACAUGUUCAACAAGCUGUUGACAAUGCAGAAAUUUGAUGUGGAUCCCGAGACUAUUGAUGUUAUGAAGCAUUUGAGGGAAGCCGGGGGUCACAGUCAGCAAAGGGCACGCUGGAG